AACAUCAAAAAUGUAUCAACCAUUACCACAAUCAUCAUCAUCAGCACCUGUAUCAUCAUCACCAUCAGCACCGUUAUCAUCAUCAUCAUCGACAUACCUGUCCGUAUCGACAAUAAUAUUCAAAACAUUUACAUCAAAACAUUUGGCAGUUAUUGUUAUAUUAAGUCUACUAAUGAUAACAGUUGUCUAUAAAUUCAAUGAACAACAAUCAUAUAUACAGUGGUAUAGUAUGAAUACAAAACAUAGUAGUAGUAGUAGUAAUAGGGACGUCAAUGGGAUGGAUGUCCGACAACGGGUAUGGACUCAACAGAUACUAGACUUUCUAGAGGUGACACAUGAUCUACAAUUGAGGACAGUUAUGAUCGAUCCACUGGUACUCUACCAGACACUGGAUUAUAGAGACAAACAAAUAUUAUUAGUAAAUGAUUUACUAUCGAAAUCAAUGCUCAACGAUAUUGUCAGUAAUCGGGAAUAUUGUAUAGCUUUCGGUGUGUUCAGGGAUCAGAUACCGGUGCUCAAGACAAAGUUGGGACCAAAAUUACGUGACGACAUGUCCUAUAAGGAGAUCCUAAUCGAGGGCAUAGACGGCAGUCAGAGACAGUACAACAACACUAGUAGUGAUGAUCUGUCGGACGUAUUAUUGCACGCAUUUUAUACAAAAGACGGCGAAUGCGUACAGAUUUCGGUAUUUCAUCCGAGACACCAGUUUCUAUGGAUGGGUGCCAUACCUACACCAACAGCACCGGCAAUACUCAACAACACCGACACCAAUGAUACCAUCGAUACCGACAACAGUUUUCCAAUGCCUAAAGACUAUCAUUACGGCAAACAUGAGAUGGCUUUCGAUAUGUUUACCAUCGAUGCCUACAAUACUACUACCAGUGGUGCUGGUGGUAGUGGUACUGGUGACGGUAUCUAUGAUCUAUGGGUGCCCGACGAUAGGGUUCACUAUUUGGCUCAGUUGGAAACUGGCCAGUUUGUCGAAUGUAACUAUCGGGUGGCCAGGGAUUAUGCGGCCAGCUAUCCGGCCAAUCUAACUGAUGAUCAAAAAAUGGAUCAAUCCGUUAAGGACGCCCUAAUGAGUUUGAAAACAAUGGCCCGACAGUUGCAUAUACCCAUAUUUAUAUCCAGUGGCACACUGUUAGGUUGGUACCGGCAGUGCAGUGUAAUACCCUAUACAUCCGAUUUGGAUACGGCUACCUGGGCCCGGUAUGCCACAGAUCAGGCAACUGAUCAGUGGCUACAUAACAAAGUUGGUCUCAGGUUAACCUAUAUUUACGGUCUACUGGAUAAUGGCUAUCAGUAUGCCUUCUAUACGCGACGACAUAAUCUGAGAGUCGACUUGUUUUAUAUGUACGAGGAAUGGCCUAAUAUGACCUAUACUGGCCAUCAGCCCAGCAAACACAUGUAUUUCCGAUAUUGGUAUCCAUGGUUUAGGUUGUGUUCGGCCGAAUUGGUUGGACUGAAAGUACUGGUCCCGUGUACUGCCGAAACAGUGGUCAGAGCCGAGUACGGUCCUGAAUGGUAUAAACCGAAAACUUCGUGGUCAUACCUAUCCUCUGCAUAUAAUAUCGGUCCCUAUAGAUACUGGUCCUCUGAUGAGGAGGCGCUCAGGGCUUAUAAAGAGCUUACAUAAAGUUUAAUAUUAUGUCAUAAACCAUAUUAUCAUAAUUAGUAUUAGUAUUAUUAUU